AUGGAUAAUCACAUAUUUGCUAAUAAUUCAAUAGUUAUUGAUAUGGUAUACAAUUCUAAUAUAUUAAUUAAUAGGGAUCAAGUUAGAUUAAGGCAGGAAUAGGUGGGGAAGAAAAACCAAAAUUGAUAUUCAAUUCAUAGUAAAUAAAUUGAAAAAUAAUUAAGUAUUGGACGUCCAAAAUAUAAAGCUUUGCCUGUAGCAAAUAGUCAAGAAUUUUAUGUAGGAAAUUAAAUUACAGAUAGUACAAGAGGAGUGAUUAAAAUUAAAUAUCCAUAUUAAAAAGGUAUAAUUAGAGACAUGAAUGAAAUGGAUUAAUUGUGGAAAUAUGCUUUUUAAGAAUUACGUGGAAAUCCUAAAGAAGUAUGAGAUAUAUGAAAUAUAAUUAGUGUCCAAUUUUAUUGACAGAGCCACCAUAUGCAUCACAACAAUAAAAAGUUGAGAUUGCCAAAUAAUUUUUUGAAAGUUACAAUUGUCCUGCUUUGUUCUUUGCAGUUUCAGGAGUUACAAGUUUAUUUGCUAGUGGUAAAUCAACUGGCGUAAUUUUGGAUAUUGGAGAUACAAUUUCUUAGAGUAUUCCUAUUUAUGAUGGAUUCUACAUUUAACAUAGUGCAUAAAGAGUUGAUUUAGCAGGAAGAGAUGUUACAGAAAACCUUAAUAAUUUAUUAAGAAGAGCAGGAUAUACAUUUACUACUACAGUUAUUUAUACUUAUUAUAAUUAAAGGCUGAAUAUGAAAUUAUCAAGAAGAUUAAAGAAAAACGUUGCUUUUUGAGUCCAGCUAUGAUAGGAGAAGAUAAGUUUUAAGAAGAAAGAAAGAUUAAAGAUUAAUAUAUGUUACCUGACAAUAGUACUAUUGAAUUAAGUUUUGAAAAAUAAAGAGCACCUGAAAUAUUAAUGUGUCCAGAAAAAUAUGGUUUAGAACUGAAUUGUAAUUUAUUAAUAAACUAAAUUUAGCUAUUCCUGAAAUUUUGGCAAAUUCAAUCUAAAAAGUAGAUUUAGAUUUAAGAAAACCUUUAUAUAGUGAAAUUGUUUUGACAGGAGGUACCUCUUUGAUGUAAGGAUUUCCAGAAAGACUAAUUGGAGAAGUUAAGAAAUUAGUACCAAAAGAAGCUAAGGUAUUAAAAAUUAAGAUUUAAUAAGGUUAAAAUAUGGGCACCACCUGAAAGAAUAACAUUAAGUUGGUAAGGAGGAUCAAUUUUAACUAAUUUGGCUUCAUUUAAAAGUAUGUGGAUACUAAAGAAAGAAUUUGAUGAUGAAGGUGAACGCAUUUUAAUAAAAAAAUAAUUGUGAGGUUUAGAUAAAUAUAUUUAAUGGAUUGUUAUUGU